UACAGUCGUACCUUGACUUCCGAGCGGCCCACGUCAUAUUUUUCGCUUUUUGUUGAGAGUGUAAAUUUGAGGUCAUUAAAUGAAUCCUCUUGGUAUGUUCAGGUACCUCAGCGUUAGUCGGAUUUGAGUGUCUCACACUUUCCUCAUCGGGCCCAGCGUACUCAAGCGUCACCUCACCAGAUGUAGAGGAAGUGGCACCGUUUUGUACACCACAUCCUCAUAAGUGCGCGUGUGGCUUCACUUCCGACCCUGCGACAUUUGAUUUUGCUGAAAGCGCCGACAGGGCUUUCCGUCGGCCUCCCACAAUAGAUUGAAGACGAGCAAAUUCAUUUAUCCCUCGGCUCCUUCUCUGGAGUUAAACCCUUCUUAAGCCAUCAGAGGAGAGGGGGCGCUAUGGAGGCGGAGGUCUCUCAGAGUCACAGGGAACAAAAUGAAGAAAAAGAAGAACCUGUGGACUCCUUUCAGGUCGUGAGUACAAAGAUGAUCCAGCCGACGUCCCUAAAAGAUCCCAAACUGGAGAAGCUCAAGGAAGCGCUGCUGGAUUGGAUCAACGGAACCCUGAAAGCGGAGCACAUCGUGGUUCAGAGUCUGGACGAGGAUCUCUACGACGGCCUGGUUCUGCAUCAUCUCCUGGCGCACUUGGCCGGCGUCCGCCUGUCCUUGGAGGAGGUGGCGCUGAGCGGCUCGGCUCAGAUCCGCAAGCUGGAAGCCGUCUUGCGGGAGUUGGACAAGCGACUGGACGAGCGCCGCUCGGACAGCCGCUGGGACGUCAGCCGAAUCCACAAGAAAGACCUCCUGGCCACUCUCCAUCUGCUGGUUGCCAUGGCGACACGUUUCCAGCCCGACCUGGCGCUGCCCUCCGACGUGAAGGUUCAAGUUCUGGUCACGGAAGUGCGCGGGAAGGGAAUCCAUUGCGACGUUCAAACGGAAGUCCUGACGGGGGGCAGCUCCAAUGAGGAGAACCCCAGCAGCACCAAAGGAGGUGCGGAUCCCGUGGAGCAGCUGCUGAAGUUGGACCCUCACAAGGUCGCCGCGGCCAAGAAGGCCAUGGCCGACUUCGUAAACAGGAGCCUGGCCAGCCUCGGCCUGCGCGUCUCCGACGUGGACAAACAGUUUUCCGACGGUGUGAUUCUGCUGCUGCUGAUCGGACAACUCGAAGGGUUCUUCGUUCCUCUCUGCGAGUUCAGUCUGACCCCCGUCAACGCCGAGGAGAUGCUGCGGAACGUGACCUUUGCCCUGAGCCUCCUCGCUCACGCGGGCCUGGAAGUGCCCUCUGUUCAACCCCAAGAUGUCGUGGCCCAGGACGUCGGCGCCACCCUGAACGUCCUCUACGCUCUCUUCCGGAAGCACGCGAGGCAAGACGAGAAGACCUCUGUGGAGUUUCUGUGAAUUUCGUUUUUUUAAAAAAAAAACAACAACACACAUUUAUUACAAA